GCAACUUGUUGUUGUCUUGAAAGUUGAAAGCCACUACUGAAAGAAAUGACGCCGGAAAAGUCACUCCAAGACUUCAAAAGUUUAAUUAAAAGUUAACUUAAACUGAAGGCUAAAGAUAAAAAAGAAACGUGAGUUUUCAAAAUUAAUUAUGCGGAACUUCGUUUUGAUCGCCAUUUUAUGCUUUUCCUGUUUUCCGUCGGGAGUAUUAGUCUUAGCUGGUGGCGGGGGAAAAUAUUCCAAGGACAAGAAUCAGAAAAGAGACAGUGAUGACGCAGCGGAAGAGAAGCGAAUCAGCGGGAAGAGCGCGACACCAACAAAGGCUGCCGAAGAAGACUCCAGCGCUGACGGCAAGCGACCCAACGGGCCUUUCCGGAUCGCCAGGCUGAAUGCAGUAUGGGAAAAAGCGCAGAGACGGCUCUCUGCGGAUGAUCUUCGGUCGCUCCUUGACGAACUGCAGCUACAAGAUAAAGAUGAAAUCACCUUGAAGAGGUUGCACAUGGGGAAAAAAGACAAACAGGAUGCAUCAGGAAAAGAAAAAGCAGCUCCCAAGCGGUUCACUUUCAAGGACAAAAAACUAAAUAAGCUUUGGGAAAAAGCUCAACGUGCUGGUUUUUCCGAUGAGGAACUGCAGAAUCUGAAAACCGAAUUCAUUCAUCACCAGCAAAAAGUAGACGACUACUACGAAAAAUUCGAUGAGGCCAUAAGCGGUAACGAGAAGAAACCGGAAAGUGACAACGAGGACGGAGAUUACCAGAUAAAAGAUCAGUGGAAUGAUUUAACCAGUGAACUCACGGAAUCCGAACUGGAAGAUCAGGUUCCCAUGCCGAGCGCCACUCCGAAAGAGGAAACGGUGGAACUGGACAAAAAGCUCAAAGAUCUUACAAAGAACUACGGAAACUUGAAGGAACGAGUAAACAGGCACACCCAAGAUUUAAGCGAAUUUAAUUUCAAAGAAGACCGAGUAGAAGAGCUAUGGAAUCAGGCCGUUGGUGCCGGGUUUGAUCGAGAGGAGCUGCUUUCUUUAAGGAAUGAACUGCAACAUUUCGAAAAGAAGUUGCAGAAGCUCAAAAAUUUCAACGACGAAAUUCAAACGGGAAAUGGAAAGAAGCACCCUAGUGCUUUGGGCAAAGGCGGUGAGAAAAGCCAGGAAAGACUGGAUCUGGAAUCGAAGGCUAAGCACUUCGCACAAAAAACGGAAAAACUGGAGACGGAAAUCCAGCGCCGCAUUGAAAACCGGCGGAACGAGUUGUAAAGUGUAAACCACGCUUUUCCCGACCCUCAAGCGUUUUUGAUCUGUGGAUUGCAAGAAAAUCCUCUAUGAACCACUUCCAACCAGUGUCUUAUUUUAAAUGUGAUAAACCCUUGUUGUUUGCUGUUAAUAUGACUUUUAUCAUUUUAAGUUUUUAACACUAAAAAUUACUAAACCGCGCUUUCUUAUUCGGAGUAAGUAUUAUUUAUUUCUUGCUUUUUCUUUUUGGCACUGUACCAAUUCUCUCAAGCAAUCCAGUCACCUGCUUAACUGUAGAUCGCAAAAAGAAGCUCUGUGAAGUGUGAACUAUUAUUUUUU